AUGCCGCUCCACCCGCUUUCGCCCUGUUCUGUCGCGUCUGCCUCGGCCAAGACUGCACGUGCCGCGCCCCGCGCGGCACGUGCGGUCGUGCGCCACACCACUGCGCCACACCACCACACCACCGCCGUGUCACGUGCGCCCGCCUCGGCGUCACGUGCGGCUCCCCGCGCGAGCCCUAGGGUUCUGGCCGCGCCGAUCUCGGGGCUGUCGAAGCCACGUGCGCCCGCGGUUAAGGCCGAUGCGAGUGCCAGUGCGAAAAACGCCGCCGCAAACGCCGCCGCCGCAAACGCCGCCACCGCUAUCUCCGCCACCGCUAUCUCCGCCGCCGCAGCAAACUCCGACCAAGGCUUCGACUCCGAUUCCUUCCUACGAACCCACAUCGCCCAGAUCAACGCCUGCUUCCAAUCCAGAGACUACAACAAAGUAAACGCCCUAUACCAGUCCCUAAAACGCAACAACAUCGUCCCUCCCCUGCAAAUCUACUCCAAGAUCCUCCUUUCCAUUCUCCAUCGCGAUCUAGAUCUCAACGACAUCAACUAUAAAGUCUUUCAACUAUUAAACUGCUAUCAAGACAUCAUCAUCAAAAAUAAAAUCGCCCCCAAUGAUUCCAUCUUGAACAUUCUCUUAAUAGCUCUCUUCAAAUGUUCCAUCGUAGCAUGCCAUGCAAACAACUUAAACGGAACUGAUUUCUACAAGAUCGCGUUGAAUCUACUCUCCGAGAUCCUUCCAAACCAUAACAACAACUUGUCUCAAGAACUUUUACAAUACUUCCUAGUAAACACCAUCUUGUAUCCCGGCUAUAUCGAUUGCACCACUCUACAGUCCCAUAUAUCCCAAUUCAACCCUGACAUUCAAACUGCAUUACAAUCCCAGAUCCAUUUGACUUUACUCACAUUGGCAAGGUUGAAUAAUAACAAGAAGUUCCUGCUGGACUAUUGCCGCGCGGCUUUCCCUAACCCUUCUGCCCUGUCCACCCGUCGUUUAAUCUUGGCAACCUAUCUUUCCGCGCUUAUCGAAACUGGCGAGUUUGCUACCGCAAACUCGCUACUGAACGACUCGCUAUUGAACGACUCCAUACAGGACCCCUCGACAGCCGCCAUCCUGCUCCCAAACACCAUCCUAUCAUAUUCCAAGAUCAACCCACUCUAUUCUUUCCAACUCUUCGAAUCCUUCAACACUAAAUCUCCUCACCUUUUCGAUCACAACUUCCUCAUCUAUUACACCUACACCCUCCUCCAACAUAACAAAAACAUCCCCUUGGAAUCCCACUCCCAUGUCUGGGACAUCAUCCUCACUAAACUCUACCCUUUGUUAUCAAGGCGCCCAAACGCUUCCCCAGAUUUCAACAUCGCCUCUCUCACAACCUCCCUGCUCAACUCCCCUUCCUUCUACAGCAACCCUUAUUUCCCGGCAUUGUCCACCUCGAUCUUGACCUCCAAGAAUAUCACCCAGUUGAUCACCACUUCCAUUCUAAACCAUGCAUUAUUAAACAACAACUUGCCCCUCAUCACCUCCUUACUCCAUGAAUCCAUCGAAAACUCCUUGGAAUUCACAAACGUCUCCUUCACUUACCCUUUGAUUUUCAAACAUUUCCAAAAAUAUGAAUUCACCCAUCAACAAAUCUUGAACUUUGUAAACAUUCAUGCCUCUCUAAUCAAUAAAAACCAAUUCGAAUCUUUGAAACUCUUCAAUUCCAUCUACGACCAAUUCAAAUCACAACCCGAUUUACUCAUACAAUUCAUCCAAUUGGAUUGUUUCUCACAUUACCUCACCAAUCUGGAUUUACCUUCUCCCAACGACGAUUCAAACCUUUCACCCCUUUACAAUUUCUUACCUUUACUCUUCACUGCUCCACUAACCUCCAUGGAUUUUUACAUCAAAUCUCUAUCAAUCUAUUCCAUUGUAAUUUCAAAACUUCUCGAAUCUUCGGCUUCCCCUCAAACUACUACUCCAAGUAGAUUGAAUCUUUUCCAAGAUACAAUCUCCCAUUUCAAACGGUUGAUCAACAAUCUUUAUCAAUUACAUGAAAACCCUGCAAACUUCAUCACUCAAGAUAUUAUCCAAACCAUUAAAAUCCUCGAUUUCCCACCAGAAAUCAAUUCAUAUUUCAAUUGUAAAUUCCAUCCUGGUCAAUGGAAUAAAUCCUACCCACUCAAUUAUUCCUCUUUGAUCCAUGAUUCUCCCAACAUGGCUAUCCAAAAAUUUAUUGAAUUGAAAAAAUUCAAUUAUAUUUUCGAUUCAAAUACUUAUCUUGAAUUGAUUUAUAAUCAAAAAUUCUUGAAUUGGAAUAUCAUCGAAGACACAAUGAAUUUGAAUUGUUGGAAUCCUCAUGAAUUGAAAAAUUUAAUCAAUUUCAUCAUCAUGAAUUGUUCCAAAUUUUGUCUUCAAAAAUUCCUAAACACUUUUUUCAAUUCAAUCUUCAAACUCGAUGAUAUAAACGAUACCUCUUUACAAAGAAUCAUAACGGACUUACCCAUCAAUAUUACAUUGCCCCUCAUAAACUUCCCUCAUGAUUUCAAAAGUAUUGAAAAACAAGUCCGUUUCAAAUCUUCCAUCAACAAGAUCUACAACAUUCUUUUCAAGAAAAAACAAUACAACAAAUUAAUAGAAUUCAAUUCUAUCGUCCCCAUUAUCGACGAAACUUUACUUUUAAACACUUCCAUCAUCAUGGAUGAUUUAAUCUCAUAUAAUAAUUUGAAAAAUUCAAAACCAAAACAAAUUCCAAAUGCUUCUCCCACCCCUACUCGUACCCCUACUCCACCUCCACCUCCAUCCCAACAAAAUGAUAAUUUCAACUUGGAUUGCAUUUUAUCUGCAUAA